ACUGGCGGCGCUUAUAGUGCUAACAAUACCAGCACUGGUUAUUUUUACGAUCGAUCUAUUUUCUUAAUGAUAAUUGUAAAAAAAAAUAGUAAUGACCUUUGGCGAAAUACCCGUAUACCCUUUGGCUUGUAAUUCAUUUUUUGAGGUGAUAUAUAUUUCCGUCAACGAAAAGAGAGGUGACUGAGCCCGAGACUGCAGCUGGAAUCAGAUUGGGAAAAUCUAUCUCGUUGACACUUCGCCUCGGAUUUGUGAUGGAUGUUGUAUUGCGUCAAGUAUUAUGAUGGUUUACGCGUGUCAGCCUUUAGAUGUGUCGUGGGAUUUGGGCAAAUGUUGAGAAAAGUUUAUUAGUUCUUCUUCUGCUCCUGCUGCUUCUGCUGCUGCUCAUAGAAUGGGGAUGAAUUGUGAGGGCUGAAAACUCUGACUUUCGUAUUUGUCGUGAUUUUGAUUAAUGCGCCUUAUGAACGGAUAAGUGACGAGGCAUAUUUCAUACGUCAUAUGUAUAAUGUAUGUAUGCGAUCCCCGAAUCCUUUAUUAAUGACGGCAUCUGUUAGUUUGCUAACAUUAUGGUUUGAUCGUGUAAUGACUGUGGAUCGUAACAAUGUUUUUCAAAUUGACUUUCUUGUCAUUCUUUUCAGUCACUUAUCCAUUGUGCGGAUGAAGUACAUCGCGGUCGGUCACCAUGAAGCUUAUCGUCCUAGUCUGCUCCACAAUGUUCUCUAUCCUCGUCUUCCUGGUCAUCGUGCCGUCGUUCGCCGAAGUCGACAUCACCUACAAACAUUGGGGCGACAUCAACCUAGGCGGGCUCUUCCCGGUGCACUUCUACGAGGAGAGCGUGCAGGAUUGCGGGGAGCUACGGGGUUUGGAUGCGCUCAAACGCGUUGAAGCCAUGGUCUACAUGGUGCGACAGAUCAACGACAAUAAAACGCUCCUUCCCAACAUCACUCUUGGAUACGAGAUCUACGAUACCUGCUCCUUCAACGCCAUAGCCCUCAAACAAUCGCUCAAGAUGAUUCCAGCUCAACGUCUGACGUCACAGUGCCUUAGCAAUACAACCGAUGGGCCUCUGCCGAUGAUUGCGGGGGUGGUUGGAGCACAGCGCAGCGCGUCCAGCCUGCAGGCCGCCAUUUUGUUUGGUUUGUACGCUAUUCCUCAAGUCAGCUAUCUCUCGACGAGUGAUGAACUCAGCAAUGAUGACCGAUACCCGUAUUUCCUCAGGACCGUACCGCCAGAUCGAUUCCAGGUAAAAGCGAUGGUUGAUAUUCUUCUCCUGUACAGAUGGAAGUAUGUGUCUUUUAUCAACUCAGACGACACGUAUGGAAAGAGUGCGCAGACCGAGUUCCGGUCACGUGCUGCCGAUAACGAUAUCUGCCUGGCGGUUGCUCGGACGAUACCGGCAUCGACUGAAACCUACGAUGAGCUAAUCAGCGACCUGCUGGACACGCAGAGUAACUCGGCCCAUUCCACCGUGGUCAUUCUCUUCGUCCAACUCGAGACUGCCCGAAACAUCUUCACCGCAGCGGCCAAGGCGGGGGCCUACCGUCGCUUCAUCUGGAUCGGCAGCGAUGGCUGGGGCAACUACGGGCUCGAACCCGUCCUCAACAACGAGGAAGUCGCACUGGGUGAGUUCACACUGAUCAUGUUUUAUCCUAGGGGUGUUUCAUAA